GUUGUUUUAGUGGCAAGGAGAAGGACUAAACACUAUUUAAGAGUAGCCAUUUAUUUACAAUGGCAAACCUCGGCGGCUUUUGGUGUUUCUAUAGCAGCUAAAUUGAGUAGGAAGAUGCAAAUCUGUAUUAAUUUAACUAAACCAGACAGUAAAAAACAAUUAUGGAAGUACACAUAUGUACAUAUAAGGAACAUACAGCCAGCAGACUGUAAAGGGUAGACCAAUGUUAAUUAAUUCACCCCCACUUUGAUUAAGUUAACUGUUAGAAAAUGCCUGUGUUUCCAUUGUGUAUCCCCAUCUUCUGACAUACCUACAAAAAGUCUUAUUGAGAAGCAGCUAUGGCAGCUCAGUUGGAGGGAAAAAUGAGGGAAAUGUCUGAUUAUGUCUUUGCAAAUUUUAUCCAGUGCAUUUUGUUAUCUAAGAAAGGUUCUGUUAGGGCUUGCUUCUCUUUCCUGCCUGAUUACUUAAUAAAUAGUAUAUGCUCUUGUCUCACGUAACUAACAAAUGGUAGACUGCUCUUCUCUCUAAACAUCCAUAUGUGAAGCUGAAUACUUUGUGUUGAUUUCUGCUGCUUUUUUAAAGUGCGGCGCUUCAAAAUGCUAAAGGGAGCUAAAAAGUUUGUUGGUAAAUCCCUUCAGCCAGCACGACCUGUGCGUCAUUUGCCUUCAAAACAAGCAUCAACAAUUACUUUCGAGUUUCAGACUGAGUUACCUAGCAACAGUCAAGUAUGUUUGCAGAGUAAGGUUGACUGGUUACCUGAAAUGACUGAAAUGCAGAUCUUAACUCAAAACACGAUGCCUUGUCAACCAAACCAGCAUGAAUUAGAGACAAAAAAAGAAAGGAUCAAAUACAGCAGAGAUUUCCUUCUGGAGUUGUCAAGUGUUUCACUCUCUCAGAAGAAGCCAGAGUUUCUGCCUGAUCAUCCAAUUGUACUUGAAAAACCGGAAUACAGCAACCCUUUUGACAUAUGCAAGAAGUGACAGGUGGUUUGGAAGAUGAGAAAUCCGUCAGUGAAGGAGCUACAUAUAAUGUAGAAAUUCAAGAUUCUUAAAGGUGCCUAGAGAUGAAAACAGGACCUUACAAAAUCUGUGGAAAUGCCUGUUUCUAUCUGUAAUUUCCAGAAUGCUCUAAAAGGCAAACUACUUUGUAGUACCUGAGGUGGU